AUGACUGACGAUCUCUACAGCACCACCUUCUCCGCCUCCGAAUCGGACUUCUCUUCGUCUUCGUCUUCGUCCUCCUCGGUGUCCGCCUCCUUCCUCACGCUGGAGCAGCGGGCGGCCUUCGUCUUCGUCCUCAUCCUCUUCAUCUUCUUGGGCCUGCUGAUCGUGCGCUGCUUCCGGAUCCUGCUGGACCCGUACCGCAGCAUGCCCUCCUCCACCUGGACCGACUACAUGGAGAAGGACACGUUCGACUACCGGAUUUCCUGA